AUGAAUGUGAAUAAAGUAUUGCCCAUACCAACUAUAAAAAAUCCCGACAUGUCAGAUUACGAUGUCGGAUCCAUCAGUGCUGGGUCCAACAGUGGUGGCUCCAUAGAUAUUGAUUCGAAUUCUGAAUCGGAGAAUGAUAGUGAUAACUUCAUGCAUCCUAAAGUAUAUGAAAAGUCGAGGAAUAGAAGAUUGUCUGACGAAUACCCUGCGGAUAUCCAACCUCUGAUGUUUAGAAUGACUCUCCCGUUGGAUGGCCAAAACAAUAAUACCCUUGCAGGGCAGGAAGGAAUAGAUUCCCUCACCGCACCAAAGUUAUCAAAAACCCUGUCAAAGGUUAAACGGAAACUGGUAUCCAUCCCCAGAUCUGAGUAUCUCAACUCCAGAAAUGGGAUGUAUUGGUUCAGCUCAAUCGAUGAAUCCCAAUUGGAAAAACAUCUGAGAGAGCCUUCGUAUAUUAAGGUAUAUAAGAAAAGAAGGGAUAUGACAAGAUUUAAUAGAUUAUUCAUGGCACAAGAACUAAAGGCUUUCGAUGAUUCGAAUGGGAAGUACACUAUAAAUAAAAAUACAGAUAAUUCAAGGGCUAUUUGGGUUACAAAAUUCAGCAAAGAUGGGAAACUUAUGGCUACUGCUGGUAAAGAUGGAUGUAUUAGAAUAUGGAAAGUGAUUAGCUCUCCAGUAGAGAGAUGGGAAAUUAACGGUAUGCAGGAAUCAACAAAACAAGCAAAUGUACAAAAUGUGAUACGAAGAAGACAAGUGGCCAAUGCUUAUCAAAACUCUAAUGAUAGUGAAAGUAGAAGACUUACAAAUACCUUUGAUGAUAUUAAAGAAGCAGUCAAUUUAUUUGCUCCCGUUUUUAAACCACUCCCAGUUAGAGUAUUUCAAGAACAUUCUCAAGACAUUUUAGAUUUAGACUGGUCAAAAAAUGGAUUUAUUCUCACAUCUUCUAUGGAUAAAACUGUUAAAUUAUGGCAUCCAGAUAGAGCUGUUUCUCUGAGGACUUUCAAACAUCCAGAUUUCGUUAGUUCAGUAAGGUUCCACCCACAUGACGAUCGUUUCUUCAUUUCAGGAUGUCUUGACCAUAAAUUGCGUGUAUGGUCAAUCUUAGAUGAAGAAGUAUCUUUUGAAUACGACUGUCAAGAUUUAAUAACAGCAAUUUCAUUAUCUCCUAAUAAUUCAGAAUACACAGUAGUAGGAACUUUAAACGGUUAUAUUCAUGUAGUGAAAACUCGUGGUUUAUCGUUUGUAUCUGCAUUUCAUGUUAGAGAAAGGCAUGAAUUAUCAAAAGGUCCUGGACAACCACCAAUUAUACAACUGAAACGUCAAGGUCCGCGUAUUACUGGUUUGCAAUGUUUUUAUCCAGAUCAAAUAGACUCUUUAAGAAUAUUGGCUACCUGUGAUGAUUCAAGAAUUAGAGUAAUACGACUGUCAGAUAGAAAAUUAUUAGAAUAUUUAAAAGGGUUCCACAGUGGAUCCACUCAACAUCAAGCACAAUUGGCUACAGUUUCAAAUAGACCUGUGGUUAUUAGUGGCAGUGAUGACCAAUGGAUUUAUGGAUGGACUUUACAAACAAAUGUCGAAGAAGAUGCAAUUCAGCCAAUACCCAAAAGUGGUAUCCAUAGAUCUAGUAGCAUUAAGAAUUUCAUUAAAAGUACAAUACGUAAGUCAUGCGAUUUUGGUGAGAAGCUUAAAUCUGAGGCAACGCAUUUACAACAUUUACAUAUACCCAAUGUUCUUAAAUAUAAAGGGCAUAAUACCAUUAGGAAUAGUGCAUAUGUUUCGUUUCGUGGUCAUUUAGGGAAAGUUACAACAGCGGUGAUUGCACCCCCUGAAGUUAUGAAAACAUUAUCUCUUUCAAACGAUUUUAUUUGUGAAUUAUCGAUGGAAUAUUUUACUGAAUUAGAAAACUCUAAUGAGAAGAACCUCCGCCCUACAAGAUCAACACCUAGUAGUCAAUCUGCAGUUGCUACAACUCUUGUUUCUACAGGUUCUGUACCCAGUAAGACUAGUUUAAAUGGCCAAUCACCUUUACCUCCCAUGAUUGAGGUGGUUGGUACAGUGAUAGUGUCAACUGAUAAUUUGGGUAUAAUCAGAGUAUUCCGUGUUGAUUUACCAUCACGUAUACGUAAGAUGAUUUUACAAAAACUGGUUAACGCUGAAAAUAACCUCAAAGAAGAUUUAAGUCGUCUAGACCUCUCUGUUUCUACUUCAUCAAAGGCUGAUAACAGCACUACUAAAGGAACAAAUUCGCUAUCGUUAGACGUUCAAAAAUCAUGUCUUCUUCCAAAUGGCACUAUUAAGUCUUCGUUAUUUGGAACGCAAAGUAACAAUUCAUCAGUCCCACCGCCAGCUAAAAAGAUACCAUCGAUUAGUUCGAGUUCAACAUUAAUCAUUGACUCUCAAUUUAAACAAUUUCCCUCGAACGCAUUAUGUGACGUUUGUAAUGGUACUAGAUUCCAGUUCCGUCCAGAUGAUGUAAGUUCGGGGGGAGGAGCAUACUAUUGUACAGACUGUAAUACAGUUUAUAAUAGUUUUAGGUAA